AUGUUUUCAACUUCAAUUCUGGCAUCACUUGCUUUGCUUCCGAAUUUGUAAUUGUAAUCUAAGUCAACAUAAAUUAUUUUAAUGUAAUAAAUUUAUGAUGACUACAAGAGAUUUCAAAUGGACCUAGAAUUCGUAUAAUUGUUGGCCAACCCCUAAUACAUCUAUUAGCUUGCAAUAAAAUAAUAUUUUGAAGACGAUCAAUUUGUCAAUUACUUGCAAUACUUAUUGUACUUCAAAAGACCAGAAUUUUUGAAGUACAUCAAAUACCCUGUGUGCAUCAAAAUGCUAGAUUGCUUAUAAAACGAAGAAUUUCGAUUGUAAUGCAUCUAAUUAUUAAUCUUAAAUAGACAAAUGAAGGACAGGAAUUUUGCUGAUAAAAUAAGCAAACAAAUUGAAGUGACAUUUUAAAUAUUAUAAAGUAAAUGA